AUGGAAUCCGAGGCCAUGGCGCGGUCGGUGUCCGCGCUGGAGAUCUUCGCGGACCGCCAGCCGGUGGACUUUGGGCUCACGGCGGUGGUGGAGCUCUGGCUGGGCCCAAACCAGGUGCUGCACUCCAACCAAGACACGGCGCGGCUGGGGCGUAUCACUGGGCCUGGGAGCUGGCUGUCCGCGAAGCAGCUGGACACGAAGGCCGCGGCGGAGAAAGCCACGUACGCAUGGCGCUUGCAGGCACCGAGCCCAGGUGGAGCUGAGAGCCGCUCAGCUUGCAUUGCAUUCCGAGAGGGCGACCACAUCAUUCCGGUGGUGCUGCCGCGUGAAGAGAAGGUGGGCGCUUCCCCGGCAGAGAUCGACCUUCUGUUUCAGGUGGAGGAGGUCUUCCGGGCCAAGAAGCUGGGCAAGGAGCUGGACAUGGACCAGCUGGCCUCAGCGGCCUCGCACCUGGGCGCGGCGCUGGUCUCGGACCUCACCAGCGCCCUGGACCUGGACGACGCCACAGCCAUCCAGGCCUCGCUGAAGCGGAUGCGGGGCUCCGUGGUGCCGCGCAGCGCGGAAGCGCGGCGGAGGCUCUGCGAGCUCCAGCCGGGGGGCCCAAGGCUGCUGGCCGCGGUCGCCAGUGGGGACACGAACGAGCUGGCGAUGGCGACCCGCGAGGCCGCGCGUGUGGGCGGGGAGGACGCUGCCCAGUUCGAGGGAUACUCCGCAGCGAAGCAGAAGAUGUCGACCUUGCAGGCCAAGCGUUUGCAGCAGCAGGCGCUGGAGGUGAUCCGAGGCGAGACCAAGGAGCGGGGAAAGGCCGCGCGCUAUCAGGACCUGGAGUCGCUCAUGGCGGUCAUCAGUGUAGCCCUGGGACGCAGCGACUGGGACCGCGAGUGGGAUCAGAUCUGGACGGAGGUACUGGAGGAAGGCCGAGCCAAAGUGAAGCAGAUGCUGGAGGUUGCGAAGGCGCCAGGCGACGGGCUGCCCGUGCGCGACCACAAGCUGAUCGCCCGCAUCGCCGUCCUUGGGCGGAAGCACAACCUCAGCCCUGUAAAGAGUAAGUUCGACCAGGAGAGCGUCGCGGCGGCGGUUGCGGCGCAGCACUUUGCCACUCUGGCGGCCAUGGCGAGGGACAGUUCCGGAUCCCCGGAGUUCGACAUAGUGCUGGAGGCCACACAGAAGGAGAUGCAAAGGAUCGCGAAGCUGUGGGACCGCGAAGGCAAAGAUGAGGCGCGGAAGCUGCUGGGCCAGGCCGUGCAGGCCUUUCAGUUGCCAGAGGCCGCGCAGCUCAAGGCCAGCGCUGAGCAGUGCUCCCAAGACGCGUCGGCGCGGGAGGCGCAGAUUCUCGCGGAGGUCGAGAAACAGCUGAGCGCGCGCGGUGAGUCCCUGGAGGAGACUUGGGUGCGACAGGUGGUCCAGGGCCUGGCCACGUGCCGCGCCUGGCGCUGGCCGGAGGUGCAGGAGGAUGCCCGGGAGACGCUGGCCAAGCAGGUGGAGCAGCAUUUGGAUGCCAUGCUGAUCGAAAAGACGAUGAAGCCGGAUGAGAGGGGUCGCAGAAGCUGGUGA